AGUGACUCGAUAGAAUGAAAUCAUGAUUAGUGGAGAGCGCUGUUUGUCGACCUCCGCUGCGGAGGGCGGGGGGAAUAGCACCAGAAAUAGCCGUGGAUUGAAGUCAUGCAACGUGGCAACGUCGCGCGCUCGUCCGUGCUCAGUGUCGGUUCAAAAUGGCGUCUGUGCGUGAUCGAUACUGUGCUAUUUGCGUUAAAAAUGACCGAUUUUGUGAUGUAUCUGGUGGUGGGUCGGCCGGAGAGUUGUCCUGGGAGUACGAGGCAUACGCCUCGCACCCGGCCUUUGCUACCGACCCGCUCAAUGUGAACGUGUGAUGGGCCUUUGAGCCAUGAUGAAGCGAACACCCGUGACGCGGCUCGGUCCAGACGAGCCCGCAGCCAUGACGUCACAGCCAGCACAGAUACAGCAAGCUGGGGCAAGUAAUAUGCACACAUUAGCACAAUCAGCACAACCACAACAAAUUCUCGGUGGUAGUGCGAUGCUGUCGGUGGGUGGUGUAGGAGGGGUGGGCGGUGUGGGAUUCGGUAGGACUGCGCCCCGCGCGGCUCCGCCAGUCAUCAACUACUUGAAGGCCGGCGCCGUGCAGUACGCCGCCUCGAAACAACCGCAGGUGCCGCCCAGAUUGAAGACUAACGUGGAGGCUUACCCACAGCUGUUCGAGCAUGCCACGCAUGCGGUGCAGCCGCUGCAGCACGCGCCGCUGCCGCAUGCGCAGCACACCGCGUUGCAGCACGCGACGCACUCGCAGCAUGCCCCGCUGCAGCACGCCCCACAUACUCCGCACACACCGCAGGCGGGCAGGGGGGGCUCCCCGCCGCCACCCGGUGCGCAGUUCCAGCGUCUGAAAGUGGAGGACGCGCUGUCUUACCUCGACCAGGUCAAGUACAAGUUCAACACCCAGCCACAAGUCUACAACGAUUUCCUAGACAUCAUGAAGGAAUUCAAAAGUCAGACCAUUGACACCCCUGGUGUUAUCACUCGCGUAUCGAACCUUUUCAAGGGUCACCCGGAACUGAUAGUAGGCUUCAACACUUUCCUACCGCCAGGGUACAAGAUAGAAGUACAGAGUAACGGCCAGGUAUCAGUCUCGAUGCCAUCUCCCGGCGGUCUGUCGGCGGGAGGCGGAGCGCCCGUGCUGCUAGGUGUGCCGCCGCCUCAACCACAUCUUGUACAAUUACUGCCGGUGCCGCACCAAUCUGUGAGCAGUGCUAUCGUGCACAAUCUAUCGGUGUCCGCAACACCGGCUAACACGUUGCAUCAUAUAUCGCAAGCUCAUCAGCAAAUAGAAGCGGCUUCAAUACAUCACAGUGGUGGUACUGUGCCGGCCACAUCCGGGAAUUGUCCGCAUUCGGGCACCGCACCGCCUGGACAGCCAGUGGAGUUCAACCACGCCAUAGAAUACGUCAACAAGAUAAAGUCAAGGUUCUCCAGGCAACCGGACAAGUACAAGAGGUUUCUCGAGAUCCUGCACGCUUACCAGCGCGGCCAUCGCGACGGCAAAGAACCACAAGCUAAACAACAAACUGAACAAGAGGUCUACUCGCAGGUGGCGAAGUUGUUUGAGAAUCAAGAUGAUUUACUGGCAGAGUUUGGACAGUUCCUGCCAGAUGCUAAAGCGGUCACCAAACCCACGCACUAUCCACACGCGCGGACACCGCCGCCCGCUCAGCAACGAGUCGAAGGAGAACCGGAACGCGCGGUUUCUCCUCCUCUCACGCCACAUUCAACUCUGACGCAUCUACAUACUCAGCCACCUCCUAAGCAUCAAACGGUAAGCGUUCCACCACCACAGCAUCUGAAACGGUCGCCGAGUUUCUCCGCAUCCAACCAAUUGCCCACGGGUGGUCCACCGGCUAAGAAAUGUCGGUUGUCCAGUACAAGUGACCGAGGCCCGAGCACCGGAGUAGGGGCUGCGGGAGGAGACCGAGGCGUUCCGGGUGCUACGGGCGCUGCCGCCAUACGGGACGUAUCAUAUGCUGAGGCCUCCAAAUAUGCCACCCAUUAUGAAUACAGCUUCUUCGAUAGAGCCAGGAAGGCGCUCAGGUCACAACACGUUUAUGAUAACUUCCUAAGAUGCCUGCUGCUGUUCACUAACGAGAUAAUAUCGUCAUCGGAGCUGGUAGUGGUGACUGGUCCGUUCCUGCUGCGACACCCGGAUCUCCAUCGCUGGCUGCAGGACUUCCUCGGACCCGCCGCCACCGCCCCCGCCACCGAUCGAAACCAUCUCACCGGUUACAACAACAGCACAUUCCCGGGUGCGAACAGCUUCCUCGGGAUGGACCGCGAGCGUGAACGUUCGCGGGAGAGCGAGCGGCCGCUCGAGAAGAAUGUUCGUUACGAACCACUCGGAGCGCUCGGCGCGCAGCUGAGACACGAUAGACCGCAGGGCGACGCCGCCAUGGAUAUAGAUUUGUCGACAUGCAAACGCCUGGGCACUUCAUACUGUGCGUUGCCAAGAGAUGCAGCGGCCAGGAGAUGCUCUGGACGCACGGCUCUAUGUAAAGAGGUGUUGAAUGAUACUUGGGUGUCAUUCCCGACUUGGAGUGAGGACUCCACAUUCGUUACCUCACGGAAGACUCAGUAUGAGGAGUACAUUUACAGAUGCGAAGAUGAACGGUUUGAGCUAGACGUGGUGAUAGAGACGAACGCGUCGACGAUACGCGUGCUGGAGGGCGUACAGAAGAAGCUGUCCCGCAUGAGCGGCGAGGAGGCCGCUCGUUACCGUCUCGACGAUUGUCUCGGCGGUUCAUCGCCCACCAUUCACCAGCGCGCGCUCAAACGCAUAUACGGCGAGAAGGCAGUGGACAUAAUAGCAGGCCUCAAGAAAAACCCUGUGGUAGCCGUGCCUGUUGUACUGAGGAGAUUAAAAGCUAAAGAGGAAGAGUGGCGAGAAGCUCAAAAGGGCUUCAACAAGCAAUGGCGCGAGCAGAACGAGAAGUACUAUCUAAAAUCGCUGGACCACCAAGGCAUCAAUUUCAAACAGAAUGACCUGAAGGCGAUGAGGUCCAAGAGUCUGUUCAAUGAAGUAGAGAGCGCGUACGCCGCUCGGAGACCGGGACCUCACCUUAUUGUGGACUAUAGGUUACACUCCAGGCAGGAAGCUAUAAAGAUCCUGCGAGAUUGCACGGAAUUAUUAAUACAUCACGCAAGGAGACAAACCGGCAUACAGAAGGUGGAGAAGAGGAGGAUCAAACAACUGCUGAGGCAUUUCCUGCCUGAUCUGUUCAACCAUCCCAGACAACCGCUCUCAGACGACGAAAGGGAUGAAGAAGAGAAAGAGGAACCGCUAAGUCCCGGCAGUCCCGCUGAACCCGGUGACGACAAACAAAACAACACAACUGUCAAACAAGAGAAACCAGAGUCGUCAGAAUCUGACAACGCCUCGGACAAGAGCGGCAGAAACAACAAGAAUGACAAGGAGAACAAACCCAAGAACAACAAUAAUACAGACAUCAAAGAAUGCGUGAACGCGGCUAACAGUGUGAAGCGUAAUUGUAGUGAUGAUACGAAAGACAUCAAAAUGGAAGGCGAAAUUGAAGAUGAUUAUAGAGAUCAUCCACCUAAUGAGGCCAGGUUUGUUUGCACGUCGUCGUGGUACCUAUUUCUGCGGCUGCACGGCACGCUCUGCCAACGUCUCGCCGCCGCCAGACGAGCCGCCAUACAAUUACACAACGACACCAACCACCACCACACUAGUGUCGCCACAGCGCUCAGGCUCAAGCCUAACAAUUUACCAGCGGAAGUGUCAUCGCCGUCCGAAUAUUACGGCGCCUUACUGGAGCUUGUGAAAGGAGUACUGGACGGUAACACUGAACCUGCCGCUUACGAAGACGCUGCCAGGGAGAUGUUCGGUAUAAGAGCAUAUCCUGCAUACACGCUGGACAAGUUGGUCUCGCAUUGUGUCAGACAGGUGAGUUGCGUCAGAACGAUUUUAUACAUUAAUAUUUAAACAGUUUACUUCAGUAUUGAUUAUAGAAAUUUGGUAUUUUGUAAUAACUUAAUAUGCUGCUGUGUGUUGAUAGUUUUUUUUUUCAACUGAUAACUGACAUUUUGUCAGUUGUCAGAUCAAAUUAGAGAGCCUAGUGUCUGUACUAG